AUGCAUUUGAAGCAACUGGACAUAAGGACAGAAAUAUCCAAUCUCUUCCCUUCUUCACACUGCUUUUUAUUUACGAACCUGCCUUUCUGCAAUUCCGUGGCGCCCAAGGCAGAAAAAAAACCAGCGGAGAAGAAGCCGGCCUCUGAGAAGCAAGCAGAGGAGAAAAAGGCCGAAAAAGCUCCUGCCGAGAAGAAGCCCAAGGCCGAGAAGCGGCUCCCGAAAGAGGGCGGUGGGGCGAGCGGAGACAAGAAGAAGAAGAAGCGUUCGAAGAAGAACGCAGAAACCUACAAGAUCUACAUCUUCAAGGUCUUGAAGCAGGUUCUUCCCGACAUUUGCAUCUCCAGCAAGGCCAUGGGCAUCAUGAACAGCUUCAUCAACGACAUCUUCGAGAAGCUGGCCCAGGAGUCUUCCAAGCUAGCCCGCUACAACAAAAAGCCCACCGUCACGUCGCGGGAGAUCCAGACGUCCGUUCGUCUCGUCUUGCCUGGGGAGCUUACCAAGCAUGCCGUGUCGGAGGGCACCAAGGCCGUUACGAAAUUCACCAGCUCUUGAAGAUGGGGUUUUGGGUUUUUCUUUUGGGUGUGUUGGCUUUUGAUGGCAGCAUUGUAAUUUCUUUGGUUUAAUGGGGUAGUUCUAUAGGGAGAACUGGGGUUACGCUUUUGUAUUCUGCCUGGAUGUGUUAAUACAGACCGUUCGUUUUGAAAUGGA